GUACCUGGUGGUAAACCCAAAGCUUGCCCGUAUCAUCCAGACAAAAAUUGGAGUCGUCGACAUGCUACUGAAUGUCUCCAUAUUCACCGUCAUUUGUAUAUGCCUAUAACAAUCGAUGAUCCACUCUCUUUCAUGACCAAUUUGCUACCCAUACGUAAGCCCUGUCGUAAGUCUGAUUCUAUCAGCUGG